AUGCUUUCCUCCAUGGAGCAGGCCGCCAACAGCGACUUGGCCAACGCAGACAUCCAGGAGGAGUUCUACAAAAACUUGCUCGCCACAAACUACCCGCACAUCGUCGUGCAGCGCUUCGAGACCCCAGGCAUCUCGUCCAACCCGGCUUGCACCCAGCUCUACAUCGAGGCCUUGAACAAGACCGGCAAGAAAACCAAGGCAGACCUGGUGGCACGUGACUUGGCUGCCGGCAGGGCCUCUGUGGCCGCCGGCUCGCCGCAGGCGUUUUCCGGCCUCGCCGCGGGCGUCGGCUCCCGCUCCGAUCCUGUCCACGUGGUGGUCAGCGAGAGCGGGCUCACCGUGGUGUCGAAAUGGCUCAAGUGGUUGAUUCCGCUCGCCCUUCUUACCUACGGCGCGUCGAACGCGUUCAACUACUUGGUGGAAAACGGCACCAUCUUCCGCAACUCCGAGGUCGCCGACAAGUCGGUCGACGUGUCGCAGUCCACCGUCAGAUUCGAAGACGUGCAAGGGUGCGAUGAGGCCAGGGCCGAGUUGGAGGAAAUCGUCGAUUUCUUGAAAGACCCCUCCAAGUUCACCGGCUUGGGCGGCAAGUUGCCCAAGGGUGUCUUGUUGACCGGACCCCCCGGAACCGGUAAGACCUUGUUGGCCCGGGCCACCGCCGGCGAGGCCGGCGUGCCGUUUUUCUUCAUGUCUGGGUCCGAGUUCGACGAGCUCUACGUUGGUGUUGGUGCCAAGAGGAUCCGCGAGUUGUUCUCGCAGGCCAGAGAAAAGUCUCCCGCCAUCAUCUUCAUCGAUGAGUUGGAUGCGAUUGGAGGCAAGAGAAACCCAAAGGACCAGGCAUACGCCAAGCAGACUUUGAACCAGCUUUUGGUGGAGCUAGACGGCUUUUCCCAGUCCGAAGGUAUCAUCAUCAUCGGUGCCACCAAUUUCCCCGAGUCCUUGGACAAGGCCUUGACCAGACCUGGCAGAUUUGACAAGGAGGUGAUUGUAGAGUUGCCCGACGUUCGCGGCCGUGUCGACAUCCUCAAGCACCACAUGCGCAACGUCGAGACCGCAGAGAACAUCGACCCCACUGUCAUUGCUCGGGGCACGCCCGGCUUGUCUGGAGCGGAAUUGAUGAACUUGGUCAACCAAGCGGCUGUCCACGCUUCGCAGCUCUCUGCGCCAGCCGUAGACAUGACGCAUUUUGAGUGGGCUAAGGACAAGAUCUUGAUGGGUGCUGCCAAGGAGAAGAUGGUCAUCACCGAAGAAGCAAGAAAAAACACCGCUUACCACGAGGCCGGGCAUGCCAUAAUGGCCAUGUACUCGCCAGCCGCCACGCCAUUAUACAAGGCCACGAUCUUGCCAAGAGGCAGGGCCUUAGGUGUCACCUUCCAGUUGCCCGAAAUGGACAAGGUGGACAUGACCAAAAAGGAAUGCUUCUCUAGGCUUGAUGUUUGUAUGGGCGGCAAGAUUGCGGAAGAGAUGAUUCACGGCCCUGAAAACGUGACCAGCGGCUGUUCCUCCGAUUUGGCCAGCGCCACCGGGAUGGCCAGAGCCAUGGUCGCCUCCUACGGAAUGAGUGACGUCAUCGGCCCGGUACGGUUAAGCGAUGACUGGGAAUCCUGGUCUCCAAAGAUCCGUGACAUGGCUGACAACGAAGUCAGAAAUUUCCUCAUUGAGUCGGAGCAAAGGACGAGGAGAAUGCUCAAGGACAGGUCGACAGAGUUGAAACGGCUCGCGGAGGGCUUGCUAGAAUACGAGACUUUGACCAGAGAUGAGAUGGAGAAACUCGUCAAAGGGGAGAAGAUCAGCAAGGCAAAAACCGUGAGUAAUACUGUCAUCAAGUCGACUGGCAGUGGGAGAUUGGAAGUCAUUGGUGAGCACACUCCCAUCACGGCCGAGGCUUGA